UAAGGGGCCUGUUUUUCUGUUCAUUUUGAAGCAUUCAACGUGUGGGAACUGCUAAACUAUUGACUCCUUUGUUACCAAAGCAAGUGUUGGCGGAACAACUUCCUGGGCACCUGCCAAAGACUUGGGCUCACUCUCGAACAGCUUGGAGGCAGUUUGUUGGUGUUUGGACCAGCGAAAAGAAACGGAUACCCCAACGAGGAGAAUAGUAGGAUACCCCACGGAAAACCACCAUGAUUUCUUCGACGAAAUCAUUGGCAGUAACUAUUUCUAUUUGGCUGAUUGCUGGAGUGUUAUUUCAUGGUGCAAUUCAGAUUGAUGCAGCCAGCGUAAUUAAGCGGUCUACAACCAAAGGACAACGAGCAAAAGGAAAAGGAUGGCGGCGAAGAGCUCAAGAUUGGGAGUCCGCGCCACGACAAGGAGUGACAUCCACCAUUGUAACAAACGGUUUAAAUGGCAAAGGCAAAGGAAAAGGAGGAUACACAGCAACAUACGAUGAUUUAGACGACAAUGGCCGAACAACGUUUGUUGUCAACUGCAGAGAGUCCAAAGCCUUGGCGGCCGAGAGAGCUUAUUAUUCUGGGAAGGGCGAAAAGAAGAUUGGAGUGGCAGACAAGAUGGGAGGGAAAGCGGGUGGAAUAAAAGGACAUUUGAAUCCAGAAGUGAAAACAUCCAAGGUCCUCCCCCAUGAUAUCUGUGACGAACCCGUCGAUGUCAGUGGCAACGUCGAUACUACUACUGGUGGGAGUGGCACUGGUACUGACGCCGGCACUGGUACUGACGCCGGCACUGACACUGGAACGGGGACCGACUCUGCCCCUGGAUCUGGCCAUAGUGCUGGAGAUGGUGCCUCAGGAGUAGGCGAUGGCUCAGGCGUGGACUAUGGAACUGGAACUGACCAGGGAGAUUCUGGAACAGGAGGCUCGGAUGGUCCUGGUUUUGGAUAUCCACCAGACACUGCUCAACAAGUUACAGGAUCAGCCAAUGGAAACUCCUGUGUUCUCGUUGCUGUUGGUGACGGGCCAAAAGGUACCAACAUGGUAGAAUACAACGUAGCCUUGGAUGUUAUCAAGGAAUCUGGACUUCCGGAAGUUGGAAUCUUGCGGCUGAUGCAUGCAGACCUGCAGUACAAUGUCGGCCCUGCGAUUGCCGAUUGCAUACGAGCUGAUGGAACACCUUCGAAUGGAGCCCGUGGCAAUGGUGUCGGCGGCGGCAGUGAUACUAGUAACAGUGAAGACAUUGCGGAUAUUCGGUUUAAGAACUUGACGAAAGAUUCAGAUGGAUGCUCCUCAGACUUUACCGCUGAAGCGACCACAUUGGGAGGCGAUUGCCUUGCCACCAUUAUUCCAGUGGAAGUUUACUAUAACGGUUCUGAUACAUCCGGUUUCCUCACGCGAGUGCAAGAUGCCAUUGACGAUCACGAUUGGAACGUGCCAGGGCUCAUGGGCGCAUCAAGUGUGGAACGAAGUGGCUCUGUGAGUGGCAUUGCGGCACAAGAAGCUGGAAAUGGAGAUGAUACUAUUGGACCUGCAGGAUACUUGACAAUCGCAGCUUCUGCGUUGGUAUUGCUACUGUUAGCUCUGAUGCUGGUUCGACGCAAGGGACGGGAAGAGAAUCUCAAGCACGUGUCGCUCGAAGAUGAUGACGACACUUACCUUCGAGACCUUGAGGGAGAUUCCCACGCCUCUGACACCCCUCCUCGCAUUGCCCGUGUGGUUGGAGAUGCUGACUCGGUGGGCACUGGCUUCUCGGCAGAAGGAUCUCAAUUUCGAAGCUUUGAAAACACCAACGCCGUUGAUGGUUUCUUCUCUAACAUGGAGGCAAGACCAGCUAACCAAGACGUGCAUGUUUGCAGUUCUGCUACUUGCGAGGUUUGUGAACGAAACCGACAAUCGGGGGUUCAGUUCAUACCGUCAGGGACGAACCUGUCCCACGCACCAAUGCCCCCAGAUGCCCCACGAGAAUACACGGCUGAUGACACAGUGAACCUUUAA